UCAAUUCCAUAUCAUUUCGCGCUUUGAUCACUCUGCCACCAUCUGGCGGUGAAUAUCAACACUGAUGAAAUAGAAAAUUGCUUUUUUUAAAUAAAAUAAGCAAAUCCUGAUAUUGUCGAAGGAAGUAAAACAUUCUCUGGUGCUAACUUGCUUCAAAUAAUGGUGUAAAUUAUUAAAUUUUGUAAUUUAAGAAAUUGCGUCCAGUGGAUACUGAAACUUUAUAACCAUUUAUCGGUAACACCUCAGAACUGACGAAACUAAACUUUAUUGUUCGUUUUUAGACUUGUUAAAUCAUCUUUGCCGAUAAUAUUCUUCGAAUAAAGGCAUUAAAGUGUACUCAACAUAUUAAAAAUAAUAAAGUAGGAAAAUGAAUUAGAGUUUGAAUAUCAUUUUAAUUAUAGUUCAAUGGUUCACCGCCAGAUACCGUUUGUUUGGCGCUUUUUUUUUAAAGAGAACCAGGUGGCGCUAACAGUACCAUUUUUAUAGCGGUAUGUUUAAAUUCUUCAUACAUAAAAAUUCAUCAUUUCAGAAAGGAUAUCAAGAAUUAUUAAGAAAUAUGAACGAAGAGGAGUAUAGAUUCCCAGAAGGUAUAUCAAAAAAUAAAGAAAUAAAAAUUGAUAUACCUGUAGUGGACAAUACAGAAUCAAGGGCACGAUUAAUAUCUCGCAUUGAAACUGUAACGUCGACCAUCAUCCAACAAAUAUGUUCUGGUCAAUUACCAAAAAUUUCCUAUUCGGAACCACAAAAUUUUGCAAGAAUGGACACUCAGACAUCAUCGCAAAAUGAGUCGUCAAACGCCGAAUUACGUUCCUCCUCUGAGGAGCAAAGUGACGAAGAAACAGAACCGACUGAGAAAAAGGUGGUAACAAAUUUCGCUGCGAGUCGAAGCAAAGAGAAAUUCGCUUUGAUGAUGACGGUGAUGGCAACUGCUCAUCGUUUAUUAAUUACCAAAACCACCGCCACGAGAAGGUCCCUUUACUACGAUUUAAAAACCGAGAAGACGUCAAGUUUAUCUUUAGGACAAGGACACGUGGACCGAGCUGUGAACCAUGUUGCUAAUUUGCUAAAUUGCGCCCCGUGGGAACUCAAUAUUUUGCCAACAUCGAAAGGAUUAGCGGCAGGUGAAUUGACCCUCACGCUAAUCGAUAAUCGUAGCAUCGAUUGCUCGGUACCAGGUGGUGCUCUCAUCCCUCAGAUCGUAUCAAACGUAACUUCCGUUCGCACCACUGCGAAGAUGGUGUUAGUCGUCGAAAAGGAUGCCGUCUUUCAAAAGUUGUUGGAAGAUGAUUGCACCGGUUCGUUGAAUUGUAUUUUGUUAACGGGAAAAGGAUAUCCGGACGUGGCCACGAGAAUGCUGGUCAAACUGUUGGCCGAGAAAUUAGGACUUCCGGUUUACGUGGUCGUCGAUGCUGACCCUUUUGGCGUGGACAUCAUGUGUGUUUAUCGCUUUGGCUCAGCAACGUUGUCCAAAGAAAAUGAGAGUCUGGUAUGUUCAAGCGUGCGCUGGUUAGGAAUCCUUCCGUCGGAAUUGCACUGUUUAGGGGUGAACACCCUUCCUCUCACCGAAUUCGAUCGAUCCAAAUUGGCGGCCAUUGAAACUCGACCUUAUAUGACCGACUCUUUUCUCAAAGAACUUGAAAUCAUGCGUAAAGGAAAAGCUGAGAUCGAGAGCGUGUCUUCGUUCUCAAGGAAAUUUCUAACUUCUACCUAUUUGCCUUGCAAGAUCAAAGGUCACGAUUACAUUUAAUCAUCGAUAUUGAAUACAAAAAAUAAUAAGUACCUGUUAAGUAUCGGAUGAAUUAUUCAUUUGUCAUGGAUUGUUUCUGUAAAAAAAUCAUACAUUUCCUGCGUCAAUCAGUUACAAAUAAAAGUUAAUUAAUUUUUUUGUUACCGCAAACCUCUUCAAA